AUGAGUAAUGAGUAUAAUUCCAUGAUCAAUACUCAUACAUGGGACUUGGUUCCACGUCCGGUGGAUGCGAAUGUUAUUCGGUGUUUGUGGGUGUUUACUCACAAAGAGAAAUCAAAUGGGGACUUUGAGCGUCAUAAGGCCAGAUUGGUGGCUAAUGGUAAAAGGCAAGAGAUUGGUAUUGAUUGUGGUGAGACAGAGACAGUUUAUAUGCACCAACCACCCGGUUUUGUCAAUCCAGACAAGCCUAAGCAUGUUUGUCUUCUCCGUUGGUCUAUUUAUGGGCUGAAACAGGCUCCCCCGGCUUGGUAUCAGCGUUUUGCGACUUACAUCAUAUCGAUGGGGUUUAUCAACAGCAAGAGUGAUACUUCAUUAUUCAUCUACCGUCGUGGUACGGAUACUGCUUAUCUUUUGUUGUAUGUUGAUGAUAUUAUUCUGACUUGUUCUUCUGACUCUCUUCGAACGAGCAUCAUAGCCCGUCAUAGUUCUGAGUUUGCCAUGAAGGAUCUUUGUCCCCUGUCUUAUUUCCUUGGUAUUUCGGUCUCCUGCACAAAGGAGAACAUGCUCUUGUGUCAACGUAAGUAUGCACAGGAAAUUCUUGCUCGCGCUGACAUGUCUGCAUGUAAAUCGGCUGCCACUCCCGUUGACACUAAGUCCAAACUUAGUGCUACUAGUGGGAAACCCAUUGCUGACCCUUCCUUCUAUCGUCAGCUAGCUAGGGCUCUUCAGUACCUCACUUUCACCCACCCAGAUAUAUCUUAUGCAGUUCAACAUGUGUGUUUAUUCAUGCACGACCCUCGUGAACCUCAUCUACAUGCUUUAAAGCGUGUCCUCCGUUAUAUCAAAGGUACUCUAGACUUUGGCAUGCACUUCUCUUCUACUCCUGCUACUGGCCUGGUUUCUUAUACGGAUGCUGAUUGGGGUGGUUGUCCGGACACACGCCGGUCCACUUCUGGGUAUUGUGUCUUUGUUGGUGAUAAUCUUCUUUCUUGGUCGUCUAAACGUCAAGCUACUUUGUCUCGUUCCAGUGCCGAGGCGGAGUAUAGAGGCGUAGCUAACGUCGUGGCAAAUCGACGUGGAUUAGGAACUUGCUACUUGAGCUCCAUUGCCCUCUCAAAUGGGCAAUUGUGGUUUAUUGUGAUAAUAUUAGUGCGUCUUAGCGUUCGUCCUCCUUCCGCCCCGACUGAGUGGGUGUGUUAG